ACGAAAAUAAGGUGCAUGUAGCUAGGCUUUGCUGUUUUUUUUCUCACUAUAAACAUUACAUCCGAAGCGGUAGCAGCUUAUCAACAAAUAAGAGUAAAUAAUCAGUUUAAUCGGUACUGCAGAUGUGAGGGUCGAAAUGCAGCUGUCGGCAGCAGCGUUCAGUGAAGCUGGAGCGAUGCCUGCAGCAGCCAGGAGCCAUGCACAGCGUGUCCUGGCCUCCCUGAACCAGCAGAGGGCAGUAGGGAGGUUUUGUGAUGCAGCGUUGAAUGUGGGAGGUGGAGUGGUCUACCUCGCCCAUCGUAACAUCCUCGCCUGUUUCAGUGAACUGUUCCAGCAGUCUAACAUGCCCACUUCACCAUGCACGGAGUUCUGCCUUCAGGAGUGCCCCAACGAUGGCCUGGAGCUGCUCCUGAACUUCGUAUACACUGGAGAACUGAAGUUGGAUCCUAACAACCUGGACAAGGUGCAGCAUGCAGCAGUCAGCCUGUGCGUACCAGAAGCACUUGCACUCUGUCGGCAGUUCAGGGAAACGUCUGUGGAUCCUGUGCCUGUCAAGUGUAAAAGAGGCAGACCUAGAAAGUCUGCAUCAGAUGCAACCGCUCAUAGCUCGGUCAAAGAAGAGAACUUGCCUGCAGCCACUAAAGACGAAACCAGUAUUGACACAGCCAGUUUUAGCAAGACUGCCACCACUACUGCUACCACCACCACCACCACACGCUCUGGUCGUGUAGUGAAGGGCCCCAGGCGACUGGUGACUGAUGAGAGCCCCACCACUGAUUUUACAGCCACUGAAAUAGCCAGCAAGAGGGCCCCGAAUAUUCCUGUGGACAAACAACGUGGUGACAUUGUUAUGGAUAAUCAAAACCCAGAUCAGCCAACUGGUGAAACUGGGAUAACUGAGUUACAAAUUGACAUGAACGACAAUGGCGUCAGGCAGGUAGUUGAGGAGCCAGAAGAAGAAGAAGAUGAUGAUGUGGGGGAUUUUGAGGGGAUUGCUGAAGGCUCAGAUGAGGAGUAUGUUCCUGUUGCCGAGCCCACUUCUUCAGCCCCGUCCACAUCAACAGCGCGGAAACGCAAGGCUCAAAGUAAGACGGAGAAAAUUGAAAAUGGUGAGGCAGUGGAAGAGGACGCCAAGAAGGACUCUGUGCAGUGUCCAAUCUGUGACAAAUCCUUCAAGAGCAAAUACUACCUCAAAGUGCACAACAGGCGGCAUACAGGGGAGAGGCCCUUUGGCUGCCUCAAAUGUGGAAAGAGGUACUUCAGGAAGGAGAAUCUUUUAAUACAUGAGAUCAGAGACUGUGCUAGAGUACAGACAUACACCUGCGUGACGUGCUCGGCAACAUUUAAUGGAAAAGAACAACUACGUUUGCACGUUGUGUCCCACACAGGAGAUAUGCCCCACAAGUGUUCAUCAUGUCCUGAACAAUUUAUGUACAAGAAAAACUUGACGAUUCACAUGAUGAAGAUCCAUGGUUAUCCAAAACCACACGCAUGUCCCCAGUGCCCCAAAACAUUUUUAACCCGGACAGAGCUGCGUGUGCAUGAAGCAGCCAAACAUCGAGGUGAAAAGCCGUUUGUGUGUGAGGAGUGCGGCCAUCGAGCGUCAAGUCGAAACGGCCUGCAGAUGCAUAUCAAAGCUAUUCAUCGAAAUGAGCGCCCUUUUGUAUGCAACUUAUGUGGCCAUGCAUUCUCCCAGAAGAACAACCUCAACAUGCAUCUGCGUAUACACAGUGGUGAGAAGCCAUACCAGUGUCAUCUCUGUGGCAAAACCUUCAGGACGCAAGCCAGUCUAGAUAAACACCACCGGACACACACCGGUGAGCGUCCCUUUAGCUGUGACGUUUGUGAGCAGCGAUUCACAGAGAAAGGCGCCCUCGUCCGCCACAAGGCCAGCAAGCACGAGGAAGGUCGCCCUCACUGUUGUCACAUAUGUGGCAAAACCUUCAAAGCAAGGGAGCAACUUCGGGUUCAUCUGCGCCGGCACAAAGGCAUGAGGAAGUUUGAGUGUAUAGACUGCGGCUACAAGUUCACUCGACAGGCACACCUGCGACGACACAUUCAAAUCCACAAACGCACCGAGAACUACAACCCGCGGCAGAGAAAACUGAGGAACGUGAUAGUGCAGGAUGUUGACGGAAGUUCUCCUGAGAAUGAAGCAAGCAAAACGGUGGGAGCCUCACUGAUCAUUGAACAGACAGAUUACGCCCCAGACACCAGCGGCAUCCAAGAAGCCACAAACCUGGAGGUGGACUCCUCGACAGGCCUCAGUUCUAGCUGCAUCGUGAGGGUGGUGAUGCAGUCGAGUAACGCGGUGAUGGAGGAGGUGGUGUCCAAUCAGAACCUGGGACAGGUCGAGGCAGCUGAGAGUUUCUCUGUGCCAGAAGUCUUGCAGCAAACGCAGCUGGUCAGUGAGGCGUACGAGUCCGCGAUGGACAUGGAGGGAAUCGUUGAGAAUUUAUCGGAGAGGAAGACCUGAGGACUGAAAGACCAGAGACUGUGUUAAGCUCACUCAGAAUUCAGGUUGCUCUGAAUUAGUAAGACAUGAGAAGCACUUAAAGGUGAUGCAGAUGGUGAAUCGCAGCAUGAACCAUUUGGCCUUACAGAUCCAAAGAUGAAACUUUAAGUUUCUAGACAGGCAAAAAGAGUAGGAAGUCAUUCUCAUGCAGUUGGUAGUUUACACACAGUGAAGUUCAUACAAAGUGCACUGCAUGCUUGUAAAAACUGCUUGAAUGUGGAAUAAUAUUUUUUUCGGUUUGUUUUACUGCAGCUGGACUCAGAGGAUCAGUAACAAAUGAUCUUCAGUGGUGUUCAGAUUUGUUAACGAAGCUAUUAAAGGAAUAGACACUUUGGCAAAUGUGCUUAUUCUCUUAAUGGGGGUGAGUUAGACGAGAAGAUCGCUGACAUUCACAUAUCUGAACAUUUAAUUUCAGGCUACAGCCAAAAGCUAGUUAACAUAGCAUAGCUUAGUAAUAAGACUUCAAAGAGGGGGGAAACUUAAGCAUUGUCAGAUAUUAACUAAAUACACCUAUCUGCUGGUCAGCUUCAUUUACGUGCCCUUCAUUUAUUUCUUGGCUGCAAGUUUUUCUUGUGAAUUGUUUUAAACUGGAAGUUUUUGUGUGGACUAAACAAACAUAAUGUGCUAAUUAAUGACCUUUAGAGCAGCUGGUAGGUAGAUUUAGUUAACAUCUGGUAGAGCCAGGCUAGCUUUUCCCCCAGUUUCCAGUCUUCAUGCUAAGCUAAGCUAAGCUAAGCUAAGCUAAGCUAAGCUAAGCUAACCAGCUACUGGCUGUAGCUUCACAUGUCCAAAACAGAUGACAGGGUUUCUUUUGGGGUUUCUCAUCUAACUCUUGGCAAGAAAGCAGAUAAACAUUUUUCAAAAUGUCAAGUCUGGUUAAAGGUACCCCGUGGAGUUUCUGACCACAAGAAUGAGUGAGUGGGCGACCAGUUUCACCACAGCUGGUGCCAGUAACACUCCAAGAAGUGUAGCAAUGCAGAACACUGUUCGAAAGCAAACAGAGUUGUAAACACAAAAUUAAAUACACUCAAAAUGUUCCUUAGAUCUAAGGGUUACACGCAAGAAAUUGUGGUGAGAAUCGUGGAAUGAACUCCACAGGGCGUCUUUAAUGUAAAAAGGUGAAAGGUUAUCUCCUUUACAAUGUCCUCAUUCAGCGUGGGUCACGAAAGAUGUUUACAGAUAUCAGAACAUCUUUGCUUGGGAUUAAUAUGCUACACAGAUUUAUGAGUGAACACAUUAGCUUAUGCUUGUUAUUUAUAUUAAAAAAAAAACAAAAAACAAAACUUGCGUUCAUUGUCUUUUCACACUCUGCCACAAAUGCUGUCCUUUGUUUAUAAAAAAUAUAGGUGAAUAUUCGUAUUCUGCUAAA